AUGGCCAGCGGCGUCGCGACAGUCAAGGAGGUUAUCUCCGGGGACACUCUGGUCCUCGUGGGGGCCCCCAAGGGUGAGCUGCUCCCUGCGUUCCCGCUGCAGCAGCAGCAGCGGCAGCAGCAGCAGCAGCUGCAGCAGCAGCGCAGCAGCUGCUGCCCAGCGCAUCCCGAUUACAGUCCUGCGGGGGGAAACGACCCGCUGGAGAAGGUUUACGCGGCGACUGUGGAGGAAGUGCUGAGCGGUGACAGCGUGAUUUUGAAACUUCCUUCCGGGACUUCUCGCCGCGUCUACUUCGCCUCCAUUCGCUGCUUGAGGCCCGCAGGCCUCAACAAGACGCAGUCGAGAGAAGACGAGGCCAUAGCCUUGGAGGCGAAGGAGCUCGUGCGGAAGAAGACAAUUGGAAAAAUGGUCAAGUGCCCCGGCGCCAAGAGAGACGCAGAGGGCAACCUGGUCCCAGAGCCUUUCGCAGCGGAAGCUCGCUUUUUCGUGGAGAUCCGGCUGUUGAAUCGGGACGUGACAGUGCGCGUGGAAGGCAGCGACGACUACGGCAACUUGCUGGGCACUGUCUACCACCCCAACGGGCUAAUUAGUUUACUUUUAUUGUCAAAUGGAUUUGCCCGCGUCAAUAACGCCACGGCGCAGCUCACAGAAGAGCCCCAGAGGCUCCGCCAAGCCAUGAAGGAGGCCCAGGCCAACCGCCUCAGGCGGUGGAAGGAUUACAGUCCUGCGGGGGGAAACGACCCGCUGGAGAAGGUUUACGCGGCGACUGUGGAGGAAGUGCUGAGCGGUGACAGCGUGAUUUUGAAACUUCCUUCCGGGACUUCUCGCCGCGUCUACUUCGCCUCCAUUCGCUGCUUGAGGCCCGCAGGCCUCAACAAGACGCAGUCGAGAGAAGACGAGGCCAUAGCCUUGGAGGCGAAGGAGCUCGUGCGGAAGAAGACAAUUGGAAAAAUGGUCAAGGUGUUCCUGGAGUACGUGCGGGCGCCUUUGCCGACGGCGACAGGGGGCGCUGCGCCGCCGCCGAGCGACAGCAAAGGGAACAUGCAUUUUGUUUCUCUUUAUGUUGGGUCUUUGAAACUUUUGUCAAUUCCAGAAGAUUACGAUGGCUCUACCAAACUCAACGAAGAAAGAAAAGGCCAAAACGUCUCCGAGCUGCUGCUCCAGGCAGGCCUAGCCAGGACCGUCCCGCACAGGGCCGAAGACGAUCAAGCAGAACGCUACGACGUGUACCAGCAGCUGGAGAAGGAGGCGCAGGCAGCAAAGCGCGGCCAAUUUGCUGCUGCAGCAGCAAUUAAAGUAGUUCGUUUGGUGGACUUAAUGGGCCCUGCAAAUGCCCAAAGAGCUGUAGCUCAUCUGCAGCAGCUGCAGCGCUACCCCCAGAUCGAAGCCAUUGUCGAAAACGUCUUCAAUGCUGCGAGAUUCAGGCUUAGGAUUCCUUCACAAUCUCUGAUAAUAUCUUUUGCACUUUCCGGGAUCCGCUGCCCGCAAACAGCCAGGGGGCCCCUCCCGGGGGCCCCCAAAGAAAGAGCUGCUGAGCCUUAUGGCCCGGAGGCCCUUCAGUUCAGCCGCAGCAGAGUGCUGCAGCGCGAGGUGUACAUACAGGUGGAGCAGUGCGACAGGGGGGGCAACUUCAUAGGCACGCUGCUGUACAACAGCAGCCAGCAGCAGCAGCAGCAGCAGCAGCAGCAGCAUAGGGUCAACCUUGCGGUGGAGCUGCUGGCAGCAGGGCUUGCGCAGACUGUGCCCUUCUCGCUGGCCCGCAGCGCAUGCAGAGAAGCUCUUGCUGCAGCAGAAGCAGCAGCAAAAGCAAACAGAAUUAACUUGUGGGGCCUUCCGGGGGCCCUCGAAGAAGAUAAUGAACCUCCUGAAACUUUCUUGGAAAAAAAUAUCAGCGGAGUUGUUGUUUCCCACAUCGACAAGUUCGACUCCUUCUACAUUCAGGAGGAAAGAAGCGACAAGUUGGACUCCAUAACAGCAGAAAUCAGAGAAGCAACAGCAGCAGCAGCAACAGCAGAUUCCACCUACACUCUUGCGGGAAUGCCGCGAAAAGGCGAAGUCAUUUUGGGGCUGCAUGUGGCGGACGGCCAGUGGUACCGGGCCAGAGUGGAGGGCCGGGAGGGCCAGCAGCUGAGCGUUUGCUACAUCGAUUUUGGUUUGAAAGAAAAGUUGGGACUUAGCCAAAUACGGAGGUGCCCCCCCUCCCUCACUGCUGCUGCAGUGCCCCCGCAGGCCACGCACUGCAUGCUCUCAGGUGCUGCUGCUGCUGCUGCUGCUGCUGUGGGGGAUGAUGCUGCUGCUGCUGUGGGGGAUGAUGCUGCUGCUGCUGUGGGGGAUGCUGCUGCUGCUGUGGGGGAUGAAGCUGCUGCUGUGGGGGAUGAUAUUGCUGCUGCUGUGGGGAAUGGUGCUGCUGCUGCUGUGGGGGAUGGUGAUGCUGCUGUGGGGGAUGCUGCUGCUGCUGUGAGGGAUGAUGCUGUUGCUGCUGUGGGGGAUGCUGUGGCUGUGAGGGAUGCUACUGCUGUGGGGGAUGUUGCUGUCGAUGGGGCUGGGGCUGCUGCUGCUGCUGCUGUUGCUGGCGUUGGGGAUGAGAAGGAGAGGAAGUCGCUGCUGCGGCUGUUGCUGAUGCUGCUGCUGCUGCUGCUUCCAAUUGAAUCUUUACCUGCUGCGACCGCUGCUGCUGCUUCGAUGCCCAGCAGCUGCAGCAACUCUCUCUGCCCGUCGCUCCCGUUGCCACAACUGCUGCUGCCGCUGCUGCUGCUGGUGCAGGGCUGCUGCCGCCGCCAGACAUGGAAGAAGACGCAGCAGACGCGCUGCAUGCGCUGA